AUGUCCCUCAGAAUGGCUUCUCCACUUUAUCUGAUCUUUCUGUUCCUGAUCUCAGGAGCUCUUGGGAAUGAAUGGAGUGUGAAAUACAGCCAACUAAAUCUCUGUGCUUUAAAAGGAUCUACAGUGUUUAUGAACUGCACUUACACACACCCAACACGUCUUACAGUGAAGAAGAGGUUUUGGUUAAUAAACCCAGUUCAGGGUAAAGAGCCGACUGAUCUGCGUAAUGAACCAGGUUACUCAGGCAGAGUGGAGUAUUUAGGAGAUGAACAGAAACACUUCCCCCUCAGACUGAGAGACGUGAAGAAAACAGAUGAACACAUGUACUGCUUGAGAAUCAUAACAAACGAACACAAAGAAAAAUUCCAGGGUUUUCCUGGAGUUACACUCACUGUUACAGAUCUUCAGGUGAUCACUCCUGCAGAAGUGACAGAGGGACAAUCAGCCGUUCUGACCUGUAAAACCACCUGCAGUCUGACUGAUCCCACAUUCAUCUGGUACAAAAACAGCCACAAGACCACCAAGAGCAAUGAAGUCCACCUGCAGCGGGUCAGCAGUGAGGAUGCAGGCAGUUAUAGCUGUGCUGUAAGAGGAUAUGAACAUCUCCCCUCUCCUGCUCAAACCCUCAGCGUCAGAUAUCCUCCAAAGAACGUCUCAGUGUCCGUCAGCUCCUCUGGUGAGAUAGUGGAGGGCAGUUCAGUGACUCUGACCUGCAGCAGUGAUACUAACCCACCUGUGGAGAUCUACACCUGGUUUAAGGGGAAGACAUCAGUAGGAAAAGGAAAGACUUACAUCAUCUCCAAGAUCAGCACUGAGGACAGUAGAGAGUACAAGUGCAAGUGCAGUAAUGAAGUCGGACAUCAGGACUCCAUCGGUGUAACUCUGAAUGUUCUGUAUCCUCCAAAGAACGUCUCAGUGUCCAUCAGCUCCUCUGGUGAGAUAGUGGAGGGCAGUUCAGUGACUCUGACCUGCAGCAGUGAUGCUAACCCACCUGUGGAGAUCUACACUUGGUUUAAGGGGACAACAUCAGUAGGAAAAGGAAAGACCUACAACAUCUCCAAGAUCAGAACUGAGCACAGUGGAGAGUACAAGUGCAGUUGCAGUAAUGAAGUCGGACAUCAGGACUCCAUCGGUGUAACUCUGAACGUUCUGUAUCCUCCAAAGAACGUCUCAGUGUCCAUCAGCUCCUCUGGUGAGAUAGUGGAGGGCAGUUCAGUGACUCUGACUUGCAGCAGUGAUGCUAACCCACCUGUAGAGAUCUACACCUGGUUUAAGGGGAAGACAUCAGUAGCAAAAGGAAAGGCCUACAUCAUCUCCAAGAUCAGAACUGAGGACAGUGGAGAGUACAAGUGCAAGUGCAGUAAUGAAGUCGGACAUCAGGACUCCAUCGGUGUAACACUGAAUGUUCUGUAUCCUCCAAAGAAUGUCUCAGUGUCCAUCAGCUCCUCUGGUGAGAUAGUGGAGGGCAGUUCAGUGACUCUGACCUGCAGCAGUGAUGCUAACCCACCUGUGGAGAACUACACCUGGUUUAAGGAGAAAGAAUCAUCACCUGUAGGAUCUGGACAGAGUUACAGGGCUCUACAGAGUGGACAGUACUACUGCGAGGCUGAGAAUAAGCACGGCUCUGAGAGAUCAGCUGCAGUGUCCGUCACUUUAAACGGUGAGAGCGAUGAUGAUGAUCUUUAUGCCAAUUUAGCAAUGACAAAUCCAAUCAACACUGUACCUGAUUCAGCAUCAGCCGAUCAGGAUGAAGUCCUGUAUGCCAGAGUUGUACGCCGGAGUGCCGGUGACCCCGGAAGCGCUGAGAGUUCUGCUGUGAAAGCUUCUGCCUCUGAGGACAAGGAGGUUCAGUACGCUAGUAUUAGAUUUACUCGCACCGGUGCUGACUACAGGCCUUCCAAUGCUGAGGAUCCCACUGUGAUCUACAGCAGAGUGAAUUAA